AUGUACAGACACAGAGUUAAAAAGACACCCUCCCCCGUCUUUGGCGACACCCUCGAAGCAAUGGGGUACACCAUCAACGAGCAUCGCAAGCUCAUCGACGCCGAUGGCAAGCCUUACACGUUUGACUUGAAGGCUAAGAACAGGACCUACCAUGAAGCACAUGGACGUGCCUUGACAGAGGUGGCCAUGGAGGUCAUUAUCGAGCAGUAUGAGAAGGAGUGCGAUAUCGUCCGCCAAAAGGUGCCUUUCUGGAUCAAGGACGAUGACAGCACAUCCCCACAAGCGAGUAUCCUCAUGUCAACCGACCUCAAGACUUGCGACCGCGUGCUGGUCCUGAUCCCCAACACGAUGGAGAUCCUCGGCUCUUGGUCUCGCCGAUUGCUGUGCAAUGAGAACGUGGACGUUGGAUCCAUGCUGUCGGUGAUCAAACGGGCGCGCUCAGAAGGCUACGGCGUCCUCAUCUUGAACCCAAACGCGCACUGGUUCGUGGACGGCAAAGCAUCCGUUGACAUCCCUACAAAAGUCGACGUCCCUAUGAUCCCCAAGUUGAAUUCGCCAGAAGAGCAUGUUGACUACGUGCUGAGCACCCUUGUCCCGGAGAUGGCGUCAAAGAAACUCUUCUUCAUUGCACACAAGUACGGUGCCCACGCCUUGCUCCACACCCUCUACAAGCAAUUCGAUAUGUUCAAGAAUCGAGUCGGCGGGAUUGCUCUGAUUGAAGGCGUACACUCGAUUGACAGCUACCCUGAUCUCUCGUUCCAGAACUGGUGGUCCUUGAACACGGCCGCUUUUAUUCAAUCUGGAGAAGAGGAGAAGGGUCAGGUCGAGUUCAGGGUCCACUCUGGAUGCAACUGUUACAAGACGGGAACACAACAGUUUGAUUUUGCGAUCUUGGACGGAAUGCCGAUUAUCUUUGAGUUCUUUGACGUGCGCAAGAACCGAGAUAACACGUUCUCGACGUACAAGGAUCUGCUGCUGCCGAGGAAUGAGCGUGAUCCGACCACGGCGGUGAUUACAAUCCAGGAUGAGGCUGUGGAUGACAGCUAUGCGGCUUAUGCGGCGGAGGAGGAGGCCAGGGAGAAGGAAAAGGCGCAGGUGACGGAGAUUGCAGGUGAUGAGGAGGUUGAGGAGUUGGAUAUGGGGCGUCUGAAGAUUGUUGAGGAGGGAAUGCCUUGA